AUGACCACUGGAGCUUUUAACUUUAACAACCUGCUCAGCCCGCACUGGUCCAAAGUCCUGUUCCGGGAUGCUCAGGUCUGGGGGCGGGUCAGUGCCAUGCGGGCGGACGACAGAUACAAUCUUGUUGGCAUGCUCAGAGGGGCACAUGAAGAUAACCCCAGCAGUCAGCCCAUGCACCGCUCUCUCCAUGUGUUUUCAAUGUGUGAGAAAGUCUGUGUGAGAGAAGGAAGGAGGGGUCAGUGCUGGACCCCUCAGGAGGGUCUGUCUUGUGCCAUCUGGCUCCUCAGAGGACUGAAGCAAGAGGGGGGCAUGGACCCAAAGAGCGCAUGA